AUGGGCAAAAAGAAGGCGUUUAUCGAUAAGAAAAGCAGCCAAAGCUUCCGAUUGGUGCCGGAUAAAGGCGAGAAGAGCGAAAGAUUCAAGCCGACGCAGGAGCAUCUGGAAGAACAGCAGAAGUUCGGAGUCUACUAUGACGACGAUUACGACUACAUGCAGCACUUGAGAGGCGUCAAUGAGGUUGGGAAAGGAUUUGAUUAUCCUGAGACAAUUGUUAGUUUCAGCCGAUGAAAUUGGAAAGUUUGACAGAAGAUGUGGAAAAGACGACAAUCAGAACUUCCGGGGGACCUCCAGCAUUCCCGCCGGCUCCUCCACUCUUCGGACUCACGGGACCGCUCAAGAAGGCCGAGUUCUACGACGAAGACGUCGCCAAUGCGCUCAACGAGGUGGCAGACGACAGAAAUGGAGGAGAACUCGAGGAUAAUUUCAUUUCUCUCGCCGGCGGUCUUCUCGAUGAGCGAACGACGUUCUAUCGAAAUGUGAGAGGCGCUGCGGAUUCGGACGAAGAAGAGGAGGAGGAUGACGAUGAAGAGGUGUACAAUGAUUACGACGACGAUGAGCUGUUCGGAGAGGAAGCCGUUGGAGAGAUCAGACCGCAAAGAGCUGAUCAGCGUGGGAUCGACAACGAUUUCGAUCAGGUCUUGGAGCAAGAGUACAGCAAUGAACAGAUUGGAGAGCUCGACGGCGACGACUACGACGUCGGAGGUGCACUCGAGCCGAAUGCAGGCCGUCUCCAUCAGCUGGUCAACGACAAAGGACGGACUAAUGCGGAGUAUGAUGAGGAGGUUAAGAGCACUUCAAAGGGCUCGUCAAUUAAUUAUUCUUUUGCAGCUCGCCAAGUUCUACGUCCGCGAAAGAAUGCGUCUCAUCGAGGAGGGCGUCAUAAAAGAGAAGGAAGAAUUCGAAAUUGUGGAGGUGGACGAGAGCACUCGCAAGAGAAUGAAGUGGGAUUGCGAGUCGUUCGCCACUCAGUACACCAACAUCUACAAUCAUCCGACGCUCAUCAGAGAGCCGAGAAACGGACUGUCUAAGAAGGCGCUGAAACGGUUUGACAAGGCUGUCGAGCAGAUGGAGAUUGCGGAGGAAGAGGAGGGAGAAGACGACGAUGAGGACGAAGACAUGGAGGACGACGAUGGAGACAAAGAGAGCGUCUUCUCGACAGUUUCGACGUUCCGACCGAAAGGAGAGACUCCCGAACAAAGAAAUGCUAGAAAGAAGGCGGUGAAGGAAGCGAGAAAGCAGAGAAGAGUUGAGAAGAAGGCCAACAAAACAAUGUUCGCCGAGGAGAAGCGGAAGGUAUUCAUAAAUAUCAUCGGAGAACAUUCUGGAAAUCAGUUUUUCAGCUUGCCAAAGGACGCAUUGGACAGAUCAAAGCUCGCCCCAUGUAG